AUGAGUGAAGAGAGUGAAUUUCAAAGAUUGGAAGCUGAGCAAGACGCUGAUAAUUAUCAGGUCAAGGCUAAGAAAACUGUGGAUGAAUAUAAAAAACUUGAUGCCGAGGAUCAAUCGCUAGCCAAAUGGAAAGAAUCAUUAGGGCUUGGCUCUGAUGUCCUGCCUUUGGAGUUCCCUGGUGAUAAGAGGAAGGUCGUGAUUCAAAAGAUUCAAUUGUUGGUUAAUACGGAACCACAACCAAUUAUGUUUGAUUUGACAAACGAACAAACUAUUAAAGAAUUGGCUUCCAAACGUUACAAGAUCAAAGAAAAAUCGAUCUACAAGCUAAGGAUCACUUUUAAGGUUCAGCACGAAAUCAUUACUGGUCUGAGAUACGUGCAAUACAUUAAGAAAGCAGGCAUUGCAGUUGACAAAAUUGACGAUCAUCUCGGUUCUUAUGCUCCUAGUACAAAGACGAAACCAUUCUACGAAGUAGAGCUACCUGAGAGUGAAGCUCCCAGUGGAUUCCUGGCUAGGGGAAACUAUAGUGCUGUGUCAAAGUUCAUUGAUGACGAUAAAACCACGCAUCUUACUUUAAACUGGGGUGUGGAAAUCACAAAAUCCUGA